GUAUUGAUCAAGAACCUCGAGGUUUCAACGUUCAACGUCCCAGCCCUCAUGCACAUGCACCACCCUUCCCAUUGAUAACAGUGACACGACCACCACUAACCACAACGGCCGGUUUAGUCAUGCAACAGGAGAUGGACACACAACCAGACUCUGGUCGUGCUUCCCCUUCAGAUACGGUUUCUUUUUCCAGUACAACCAACUUUGGUACACAGCAUCGUCCCCGUUCUCCCCGUUCGACGGCGCAACAUCGUCAACACCCAUACAUCAUACCAGGAGGGAAAUCAUCAACCCAAAGGCUUCGCACAAUCCAUGAAGAUUCAAGUUUUAGAACGGAUGCUGGAGUUGGUGGUCCUUCGACAGCAGAUCAGCAAAGAUUUACUAGUACUCUCAAACCAUCCUCACUUACUACUCCCAAUGUCGCUCCCUCCGCUCAGCUGAUCACUUCAAUCCUCGUCCCAGACUUGACUAGUCUUAUCGUCCGACGCAGCCUGCACCCGAUUUCCUGCGGCGCAUAUGGAGAUGUUUACCAGUGUACAUACCGCGGACCAGAGGGCGAUGUAGAGGUUGCCGUUAAAGUAAUGCGGCCAGGAUGCGUUGAUGUUGAGAUGUUUCGCAGGGAGCUUGGAAUUUGGAAGAGGUUACGGCAUUCUAAUAUUUUAAAAUUCAUGGGUACAGCUUCAGACUUUGGUCCCUCAGAAGCUUUGGUUGCUCCGUGGAUGACCAACGGCACUCUGACGUUCUUUCUACGCCAGAACAACAAGACCAUCAAGCUGCAUGAUCGUCUACUUUUGCUUCGUGACAUUGCUGCUGGGCUCAAUUAUCGUGGGUGAACACGUGCAUGUUCAAAGGAAAAUCAAUAAUGUUUUACGUCAGUUCAUACGUUUAGUUUGGCAGAAGGCACACAUACGGACUUGAACCCCGUCGUUCAUGGAGAUCUCACUGGUGUAAGGGCCACUAUUUAUUCUAUCCCUCGCAUAUUAAUGUUCGGUUGCAAGACCAAUGUCCUCAUC